GGAAAUACAAAUAUUGCAUUUUAGGCUAUAAACGUACAUUAAAUAUCAAAUAAAGUAAUAUUUUUUAAUGUUCUCUAUAGUUUUGCAAAAACACAAGUGAUUUUAAUGGUUAUAUAAGACAUUCUAUGUUGCAAAAUCAAGUGCAUUAGGGUUAGUUAUUAUGUAUUCACAUUAUUGGCAAAGUUGUGCUUUAUUUACCUUUGCAAAAACUCAGAUACAAUAAUAAUGUUAUAUAACUUGUUUUGAUGUCUAGCUCUCCAAACAUGUUGUAACAAACAGAACUAUGUGUCCCUAUCUAUGGUCCCUAUACUUUCUAAAAAUAAAAACUCUUAAUGACACAAAAAUAACACAUUAGAAAUAACGAAUACUGGAAGGAGAAUAAUGUAAUUUGCUUUAGUAAAAUUAGGAAUUCUUUAAAAAUGUUCACGGUAUUGGCGGCAGAAACCCUGUGUUUUAUUUUGAAGGGUGGGUUUCCUAGGUUUCCGGUUUUAGGUUUAUGCAACGGACCUACAGGACAGACUGUGUUAUCAAACUGAAUCCUGCGGUUGUCAUAGUCAGAUCACGUGUGGACAGAUGAGGGGAAGCUGCUGACAGCAUCAUUUUCAAUGGGAGCACACUGAAAGGUCUUCAGUGUAGAACCUCAGACAUUUCCCAUCAUGCAACUGGAGGCUAAGCUGCGUCUAUGUCAGAGUUGUCUUUGGUGCUACAAGAGCGGGCUGCGUCUGCUCUCCCAGAGCUAUGCUCACAGAAAAGCUGUGAACUACUACGAUCUACUCGACGUCAAAUCUGAUGCCUCCUUGGAGGAAAUAAAAAAUUCAUUUUUCAACAAAUCUAAAAAGCUGCACCCAGACAGCGACCUCUCCAACCCGGCGCUGCACGGCCAGUUUGUGGAGCUGAACGAAGCGUACCGAGUGCUGAGCAAAGGGCCGAGCAGGAAGGAGUAUGACUUCAAAAUCAGGCAUACGUACAGUGGAGGCCAGGCCUUCAGAUCCACUGCCAGCUACACCAGCUACAGAGCCAGUGCGGAACAGCAGGAUAAUUCUCGUUACUGGAACCAGUUCCGUCAGACUCGAGCACAGGAGACGCCGGGAGAGGAGUGGCAGAAGAGGAGGAGGAGGAACUUCCAGCUGGUGGGAUACUGCUUCCUCACCAUGCUGCUUGGCAUCGGAGUCCACCUGAUCUUCUUCAGGAAACUGGAACAAAUUCACAAUACCUUCAUGGACGAGAAAGAUCGAGUCAUCAACGACAUUUACAAUGAAUCCAAAGAGAGGGCCAAGGUCAACGGAUUCAAAAAACAGUCUGAAAUCCUGCGACAGAGACAUGCUGAGUUUCUGGAGAAAUUAAAAAUCAGUAAAGGUGGAGAGGACAAGUAGGAGAGUCUCCAGCGGUGCUCUGUGGUGAUGAUGAUGAUGCCAGCAGGUGGUAGGCAGCGGCAGACUGGAUGCGGUGCUUCUUUUAGGAUUUUUAAAUUGUUUCUCUGCGUUUGUCCUCAGUUGUGAUGCUGAGGGCUUGAAGAGACACAGAUCAUGGGGUGUGAUGUGGUAGAGUUUAAUCUGGUCAUUCAGGUGUUUUUUUCCCCCCGAGGCUGAGCUGCACAUCGGACUGGAACGGCCCGUUGAACAUGUUAUACCUCAGUCAGUAAACAGGGGCCAGUCUGUACACAAACCUCUCUCAUGUUUGUCCAAAGGAACUCUAAUGUACACUGAAUGAACUCUCAGGAACAUAGUAUUUAUUAUCCUUCUUAUUGGUGUGUUAGUGGGGCUCACAGAUAACGGCAAAUUAAAUCAGAUAUGAGCGGUUGCUAAGACUAUAGUGGAAAUCACUGAAAAGUUAUCUGAAUAAUUUGUGUGUGAAAUAGGCCUAACAUAUAAUGCAAAUGUGUUAUUUGCUGAAAGAUUGUCCCAUUCAGGAACGUGCACAGACAUUUGGAGGGGCUAUUGCUCUAAACUGGAAAAAGGGCCUCCCCCUGAAAAAAAACACAAGACCUUUAGAACAUUGUAACUUGUUUUUAAUGUAAAAGAAACCAAACGAUUAUUACAUCAACUAAAUUGAACAGUAAAUCACAUCUCAUAACAAAAUAAGCUAAGGCGACUACUUGCAUUCUGUGACUUGAUUAAAAAAAAUACUGGUUUGUCCCUUAUACCCUAACUGCCAUGAGACAACUCAAAAUCAAGUUUCCAAAAUCUGACACUGAGGUGGUCUUAACGCACCGGCAGAUGACAGCGCUGACAAAGUGUGUUUCCCGCAGCAAGACGCUACAAUACUAAUUGUGGGCUUAUCAUGUUGAUUCGGCCAAAAAAGAAAAACAAACUCUCGCUCUCUCCAGAGGGGCAGGUCAGCCAAAAAGGCCAAACGGGCCGUUGCCCGGGCAACAUUAGCCCGUACCUGUGCACGUCCCUGGUCCCAUUGAUUGAAAUCAUAAAUUGUUUAGCACAUGAGGACGCUCCAUAAUGUUCUCUUAGGUUUGAUGGGACAGUUCGGGGGGGUUGUUGUGAGGAGCAUGAAGUGUACAAAGUCAAACAAUUGUGGUUUGUCAAGGAACAUGGUUUAAAUAUGCCAAAUGUCUGUUGGUUCUUUAUCAUCACAGUCAUACUCCUCAUUUUUCUCUUGCCCGACCCUGUGUGUUACUGCAGAAAUGCAACACCACGCAUCAUAAAAAGAUCCUCCAUUUGUUAGAAAUGGAGUCGGAUCGCUAUUAUGAUUUGAAACCAGGGAGAACAAGUCUUUUACAUUUGUUCAACUAUUGUUGUAAUGCGACUUUAAAACUGCCACUUUUAAAGGGAAAGCAAGUCACAGGAUAUUUCAUCAUUAACCACUUUUCCUUACAGUUUUAAAUAUUAGAGAUUGUUUUUUCUGUUUUAGUCUGCCUUACAUAUUCCCUGAAGGGAUGUCAGAGGGAAAUUAUUAAAAUACUUUUUCUCAUCAAUCAUUA